CUCAGUAUCUCCAACGAGCCAAGGAUUCAAGUAUAUGAACAGUCCACUUCCUCAACUCUUAAUUAAUACGUCUAUUCAUGAGCUCGUCGCCCUAUUCACUAUUCAGGCUGCAUGAUCAUUUAGAUGAGCUUGUUUGAAUAAGAUCUAUCAACGCUCUUUCUGACUAGCUGAUCUGGUGCAGCGGCAUCUCCUUCCUCCUCCUCCUCCUCCUCCUCCCUCCUCCCUCCUCCAUCCUCCACCGAUUCUGGGCUCUCCCUUCGGCUUGGCCAACAUUUAUCCGCAGUUAAAGCAUAGAAAGUUGUCCCGGCAUGGAGCUUUUGCGGGGCACAGACUGGAAUUUGAAACAGACAAAGCCGCAGACCCCCAGCCCAAACACGAGCCCUGUCUCGCUUGUAUCUUCUUACCAUGCGAAUGCCGUCCAUCCUCACCAAAACUUCUCCACCGCAUAUCCACCACUCCACCACAACACAGCGUAAGUUGCGCAGCAACGCUUCUUGGUGGCUCCAUAUGCUCAAUGCAAUGCUGGUCCCUGCAAUAAGGAUCGCCCGCAAGGUCCAUUCCAGUGCUGCCUGGCCUAUGGAUGGCUCCCAGCUCGCAUACAAGUGGAGCGAGUACGUGUGAAAAGGGGAAAUUUGCGGUCUCAGAUCACUGCCAGACUUCACUCGCAAGGUCGCAACCACUGAGGUGAGUCGAGCUCAGCGUCGGCACGAGCUCUCCAGGAUGUCGCAUGUAUUGUGAAUCCACUAUUGCACGAACCACGAAGCCCUCCGUGCGGUCUCCAGCGCCUCAUCUCUGACGCUAGGCCCUUGAGACUACCUCUCUCGCCUUUCUCGCUGCCAACACCUAAUCCACCUUGCAGUAGUCCUCGGGGGGCAGCAGCAGAUCUUCGAUCCUGGCAUACUCUUUUCUCUUCACCACUCUUCUGGUCUUUCAUUCUCUUCUUCACACGCUGGCUCGUGACUACAUUCUUGGGUUGGAAUCCAUCUUCGAGAGAAGUUCACACUACAGCAACUACCACUUCUACAGAUUUUAGCACAGCUGAACUUUUCGGGAGCAUCAUUGCAUGCUCAGAGACCUCAGGCAUUGUGGCGUACGACACUACGGAAGGCCAGCGAGAGCCUGGCAAGUUAUGAAUGCAACAAUGGCGCCCAUGGUAUCAGAAGACUCGUUGGGAGAAGUGAGGAGGCGGCACGAUCCAUCGCAUAGGUCACUAUUGAGGAGGAAAGACGAUGAUGAGACGGAUGACAACGACAGUCGAGGGAAACGAGAUGAUGAUAGUGAUGAUGAGGAGGAGGAAGGAGACAAGCGGGGUGUUCGCAAGGACGACGAGGAGGAUGAUGAUGACGACAAUAACAGGCCAGAACAAAGUCCCACACUUCUACCACCAGCUCCUCCACCGCAACUUGUCUCGACAAUGACCGUUCCAGGGGCAGCAGCAGCUCCUACAACUGUUGUAGUUGUGUCGACACUUACAGCUCCUCCUUCGGUCUCCACCAUUUGGAUGACAACGUCAAUAAUUGCAACACCAUCAACACCCUCGAACCCCCCAGUCUCUACAAGUUCAACAAGUUCGACAAGUUCAACAAGUUCAACCAGUUCCACUGAUUUACCAAGCUCACCGGUUCCCCCAUCACCAAGCAACUCUGUCUUAUCUACUAUGUUUCCAGCGUCAUCUUCUGCACCGCCCGCACCGACACUUCCACCUUGGGAAUCAUUACCAAAUAUUGAUGACAGACCUCGGAAGGGAUUGAACACAGAUGACGACCGGCCAUAUAUGAGCACCACUGCCAUGAUUAUGACCGCCACCAGUACCAUCUGGACCUCAGUGAUCAUCCCCCAAACUGCCUUGGCAUCUGCAACAGUUUCUGCACUGCCUGAUUCGGAUGGCUACCGCCCAGAAGGGGACCAUAGAAAUAGGGAGAAAAGUGGACAAUUAUCAGACUUGGCCGAGCACCUUCUGAUUGCUGCGGGAGCAAUUGGUGCAUUUAUCUUGGUUGCUGCUGGCAUUUAUUUCCUUCACAAAAUGAAAAGAGAUCCGCUUACUGCUGUCCGAGAUAGACGGUUCACCAAGGGAGGUCCUCGUGGCUGGUACGGCUGGAGAAAACAGGGACGAGGUUACAUGAUGGACGAGCCACCAUAUUACUACGGGCAGGAAUAUUCUUCGAACGAAAAGGCCAUGUCCAACCAACAGCAUAUUGAACGACAGAGCGAGGUUGCUUACUCUCCUGGUGGGAUGUCAAACAUGGGGAAUGGAGUUAAUGCAGAUGCAUUGUCUCGUGCGAAUUCUCAGCGGCAAGAGGCAAUACGCCAAAUCCUCCUGGACACUUCUGUCCCAUAUGUCCCUCAGUCCAACCAUGCAUCACCAGUCGUACAGUCUGCUGGCGUUUCUGCUACCCAGGCUUUCUACAAUGUCGAACCCCAGACCACCACCUUGGCUCGAGAACCAUCGAGUGCAUAUAGCAAUACUGGCAUCCAAAACGUACCCAGCUCGAGCUUGGCAGACUACAACAAUACGGGCAACAAAAAUACUCUGCUAUCGAGACAGCCAGACACUCAGACCGCAAACCUUGCACGACAACCAUCAGAUGCCUUUGAUCCUAACCCAAGGGAAGGCAAUCACAUGAGCUACAUGUCGUCGCUAUCUUCCGGCUUUGGCGACGGACUCAUUAUGCCCGAGCCAACGGUAAAUGGGGGUGCAUCACGACAAACAUAUCGCCAGUCUCGUAACCCCGGAAUCUCCAGAUUUUCUUGGUCCACCGCAACGCCCCAAAGUCCAGGACUGAAGGGUGAUCGUGACACAAUCUACACGACCACGUCCACCGACUCGGCACCACGAUUCCGGACUGUCAACUCAUGGGUCGCUCAUCAAGCUGGCCGAGUCGAUAAGAAUGGUCAGACUGUUCCAAAUAUGCCACCGCUUCCGUUGACCAUUCAAACCACUGGUUUCUCGGAUCAUCAACGGAAGCCCAGUGAAGAUCCUGCUUUCAAACACCACCCAGGUGAAGAGAUUGAGAUUGGAAAGGGUUCCAGAGUACCAAGCGCCAUCUUGGAUAGGAAGACAAAUGUAAAUUAGGGGGUUUCAUGAGCCCAUGCAUUGCAUGUGGUCUCGUUCUGUUGUAUAUAUAAAUUUUCGAAUCUCUGUGUCUGGUACCCAGAAGAUAAAAUUCAGCAUAGCGUGGAGUUGGGAAUGGAGGAUGAGGCAUAGACGGACUACAGCCAAUUACUAAUGUCCUGAAGAAGAGCAAGAAGAAGAAGAAGAAGAGAUCGGAAUCUGUAAGAAAGGAGGUUACAUUGUACGUAGCAGAGGAUGGGGAAUCUAAAUCUCAAAAUACUCCCAAGGGUGCUCGUGUGAAAUUGGUGCAGUGCGUGCAUUGUGCAGCUCGCUUCAUAUAUUGACAUUUCAGAAUCAUCAUGUGUUAUUCAGGAUGUUUCACACGAGGCAUGAGGCGUACUCGCAAAGUUUGUGACCUUUAGUGUCUAAUCGGACUGGUUCCUCGCAUGACUUGCUCGUACCUUGAUUACAU